CUUCACGCCCCCAACGUCGACGGAGCUACGCGAAAGGCUUGAUGAAGCUUGGUACGACGGGUGUUCAUGGGAGGCCUGAAUGUCGGGAAUCGCACCUGUUUCGAGCAAGAUCUGUUCCGUGAAGCAGGCACAGCUUCAGGUUGUUUCUCUCACUACGGACGAUUGGUGAAGGAGUCUUCUCAGCUCUGAAUGAGAGAAGGCUGUAGGAAGAUGAAGAACACAAUAAAAGCCUCGACCAUUUCCCGUGGUUCGGGCUGAGAAGAUUCUUGAAACCGAGACGAGACACACGGUCACUUGAAUCUCGACGACAAUGCCCAACGUUGGAAGACCAAGUCGCGAUUGCCAUCUAUGCCGGCAAAGACGUGUGAAAUGUGACUUGAAACAGCCAGAAUGCGAUAGGUGUACCAGAAUAGGCCGCAAGUGUCCAGGUUAUCGCGACGAAUCCGACCUCCUGUUCCAUGUCGAAGAUCAAGCUUCGUUCGUCGAGAGUUCGAGCCGAGAUCGUCGUCGAAGACGGGGUGCAAAGACGCCAACUAUAGAGGACCAUGGUGCUGCGUCACACACACUCGGCUCGACGCACCAUGACGUGACAUUGGUGCUCCCAUCUAACGAGAUAGAUGCCCGGAUCGCACCCAUGCUCAAUGAACCUGCUCGGCCUCUAACCGAAGAAUGGAAUCAGCAGGUGUUUUCCCAGUUUUCCAACAUUAUACUGCCCGCAAUGCAACGCACGACGAAUUUCGGCUUUUUGACCUUCUUGCCAGCCAUGGUUGUCGCAUCGGGUCCGGAUUCCCCCGUGGGGCUUGUGUUUCAAGCCAUGUCCUUUGCUUUUCGCUGCACCGGGGCAGACGACCCUGAGGCCUUAUCAAGACGAGCAACGAUAUACGGCCGUGCUUUGAAUUCAACCAAUGCCGCUCUCCGAGACCUGUCUCAGCAAACCAGGGACGAGACGGUUACUGCCGUCUGGCUCCUCAGCCUAUACGAGCUUAUUGUGGGGUCAUCUCCACCAAAAUUGAAUGUCGGCCCAGCAACUUGGAGUGUGCACACCAAGGGAAUGGCGACGUUGCUACAUUUGCGCGGCACGACAGGUUUCGAUUCAACUAUUCCACGCCACCUGUUUUGGUUAUUGUUUAAUUCGGUUCAAAUCCGAUGCCUUGUCGCCGGUUGUUCAUGUCCUCCCGAGUCAUUUAACUGGCUCCAGGAGAUAGAGAAACAUAUCGAGGACGCAGCCAUCCCUGUACUUCAAAUGUCACUUUACGGAUGCUAUGCCGCCGCAUUGUGCGAGAAAGUGCGAAAGUUUGUUGACAAUAGAACUUCCACUUCGUUGACAACAGCGUUUGAGAUUUUGGAAGAAAUGCAAGGUCUUCAGACGGAGUCAUACGAGCUGAACAUCCCGCGCCCAGAUAUGUAUGGGCAACCAGCAACCAUUCCAACGACUAUUUUCCCAGUGGGCCCACGAACAACUUUUGCUCGGACUCUUUAUUCGUCCUACAAGCUGAAGUUUCUACUCUGCGUCUGGGAGCUCUUCGCGAAAAUCCAAGCUCUUUCCUCGGGGACCGGAGUGGAAAACCUGUACCUGCAAUACCAGGAGAAUGUCACCCAAAUACAGACUGUUGCUGAUGAAAUCCUCGCGACUGCGCCCACUAUCCGCGACAAGGAUAGUCGUGAGGGACCGACGAUGACGAACAUUGCGAACUUCUGGGCGGAUGGGAUCCGCUUGCUCUACCCUCUGCGGCUGCUGGCAUUCUGGCCGGUGCCAAGGACAGAUCAAAGACGGUCUGCAGUAUCGAUGCUCCGUUCUCUUCGAGAUGCAAUGGGAUUACAGCAAGCCACCCAGGUUGUUGUCAUUGAGCCUGAACAAGAACAUGGAGCGGCCCGCGUAGUGUCGGUAAUGGUCUAGACUUAGACAGCAUCGACGUUGUGCACGCAUCCGACAAGACCUCAGGAGCAGAACGUUUUGUUACAAGAAACAGGAUAUAUACUAUUAAAACCCCAAACUGUGGUCUGCUUCUGGUUUUUGACCAUGUCUGCCCGCCCGCUCCCCGGAGCCGCCAGAUCUGUCUAUGCGCUUCGAGCCUUAGCCAGUAUUGAACAAAGGCGUCUGUACCAUGCCCGUCUCGGCGUAAUAAAUCUCCCAAUGCCUCACCAGACGAUCCAUGAUCUCUGCUUGCGCCUCGGACAGAUCGUGCAUUUCGGCUGGAUCCUUCACCACGUUGUAAAGCUGCCAGUCUCCCUUGCCGCGAGGCUUGUCGAUCCAGAUGGCUUUCCACUCACCCUCUCUGAUGGCACGCUGUCCAAAGAGUUCCCAGCCGUGGACGUGGACGUCUUCACCGUGAACAGAAGAGCCACGAUAGUCGGAGGACGAUAGAUGACUGACCCAGGACUUGCCACGAGGGACGACGACAUCCCUCCCACGAAAUGUCGUGCCUGGAUGAGACAAUCCCGCAAGAUCGAGAAUCGUGGGUAGAAUGUCCAUCACCGUGGUGAACGUAUGAGUGAUGGCGCUCGCGUUAUUCUUGAACGGCGGGUAACGGAUCAAGCACGGACACCUGAUGCCACCUUCCGUGAUCCAGCAUUUGAAUGCCCUUGACGGUGCCGUCGCCGCACACGCCCAGCGGGGCCCGUACCAGGCGAACGACGUCGGGUCACCGAUGUUCUCCAGGCUGUUGUUGUAGUACUUCUCGAUGAUGUCGGCCCUCGUUUUGGCCGAUCCCAUCAUGGGCAGAGCUUCGAGAGCGGCUCCUUCAGCCCCGUUGUCGCUCAUGAAGAGAAUAAAUGUAUUGUCCAGCUCACCUGUCUUUGUCAAGUAUUCCACCACGCGACCGAUGUUCUGAUCGAUCAAAUCGACCAUGGCAGCGAAAACCUCCAUCUUACGAGCCGAUGU